AUGUCUUCAUUCAAAUUAGCCACCGAAUUACCAGCUUGGAAGGAAUUGGAACAACUCUACAAAAAAGAGGGUGAAAAAUUCGACGUCAGAGCUGCAUUUGCUCAAGAUCCUAAAAGAUUUGAUGAAUUUUCUCGUGUCUUUACCAACUACGAUGAUUCCAAGAUCCUUUUCGACUUUUCCAAGAACUUGGUCAACCAGGAAAUUCUUGACAAGUUGGUCCAAUUGGCCAAGGAAGCUGGUGUUGAAAAAUUGAGAGAUGAAAUGUUUGCUGGUGAUCACAUCAAUACUACUGAAGACAGAGCAGUUUACCACGUUGCAUUGAGAAAUGUCAAAAAGCACAAAAUGCCAGUUGAUGGUAAGGACACUACCCAAGAAGUUUGGGAUGUUUUGAACCACAUGAAGGAGUUCUCUAAUCAAGUUAGAGAUGGAGAGUGGAAAGGUUACACUGGUAAAGCAAUCACUGAUGUCGUCAACAUUGGUAUUGGUGGAUCCGAUCUCGGUCCGGUCAUGGUCACUGAAGCUUUGAAACACUACAGAAAGCCAGGUUUGAAUGCUCAUUUCGUAUCCAAUAUCGAUGGAACUGAUAUUGCCGAAGUAUUGAACAAGGUCCACCCAGAAACAACUUUGUUUUUGAUUGCUUCAAAAACAUUCACCACCGCAGAGACUAUUACCAAUGCCACCUCAGCUAAGAAAUGGUUCUUGGACCAUGCCAAAGACACCAAGUACAUUGCCCAACAUUUUGCUGCUUUGUCCACCAACGAAAAGGAGGUUAUAAACUUUGGAAUUGAUCCUAAAAACAUGUUUGGAUUUGAAAGUUGGGUUGGUGGCCGUUACUCUGUAUGGUCAGCCAUUGGGUUAUCCGUUGCCAUCUACAUUGGUUUCGAUAACUUUGAAAAGUUUUUGGCGGGUGCCGAAGCUGUUGAUGAACACUUCUUAAAGACUCCAUUGGAGAACAACAUCCCAGUUCUUGGUGGUUUAAUCUCUGUUUGGUACAACAACUUCUUCGGUGCUCAAACCCACUUGGUUGUUCCUUAUGACCAAUACUUGCACAGAUUCCCUGCCUACUUGCAGCAAUUGUCUAUGGAAUCAAAUGGUAAGUCAGUCACCAGAGCCAAUGUUUUCACCAACUACCAAACUGGUACCAUCUUGUUUGGUGAACCAGCAACCAAUGCUCAACACUCUUUCUUCCAAUUGGUCCACCAAGGUACCAAAUUGAUUCCAGCUGACUUUAUUUUGGCUGCUCAAUCUCACAACCCUAUUGAAAACAACAAGCACCAAAAAAUGUUGGCUUCGAACUUCUUUGCCCAAUCAGAAGCUUUGUUGAAGGGAAAGAGCGAGGAACAAGUUAAAGCUGAAGGUACUACUGGAGGAUUAAUACCUCAUAAGGAAUUCAGUGGUAACAGACCAACCACCUCCAUCUUGGCUCAAAAGAUCACCCCAGCUGCUUUGGGAGCCUUGAUUGCUUACUACGAACACGUUACUUUUACCGAAGGUGCCAUCUGGAACAUCAACUCAUUCGACCAAUGGGGUGUUGAGUUGGGUAAAGUUUUGGCCAAGGUUAUUGGUUCAGAAUUGGAAGACAAGAAGUCUGUUGGUUCUCAUGAUCCAUCCACCAACGGUUUGAUCAACACCUUCAAACAAUGGGAAUAA